GUUUGGGUUGCUGUUCACCGAUUUGGUUUUCUCCCCCGUUGCCGCCUUACCCCCGCCGGCGAUAUUUUCCUAUUCGCCGCCGUCAGAUGCCGAAUUCUCCGGUGGCUUAAUUUCAUUGUGCGUUUCCGGGGGGAUUCAAUUCAACAAUCAUGCUUCUUGGCGAAAACCCUCUUCACGAAACUCACUACGACAUACUCUCUGUGAGAGAAGAUGCAAGCUAUGAGGAGAUCCGGGCAAGCUACCGAUCUGCCAUCCUACAUUCUCAUCCCGACAAACUUACCAAUUCCCACGAGACGUCGUCAGACGACAGAUUCCUGAAGAUCCAAAAGGCAUGGGAAAUCCUUGGAGACGCUAAUCAGCGUGCAGUUUACAACUACAAUCUUCUGUCUUCAAGACAAGAAGAUGGCGUUACUGCAGAUGAGAUCAGAAUAGAGGAUAUGGCGGUGGAGAAUGGCGGAGAAGGAGGAGAGGUCUUGGAGCUCUAUUACCAGUGCCGAUGUGGCGAUUACUUCUCCGUUGAUUCAUCCGAGCUAGAAACGAUGGGAUUUGAGUUGUCAAGAGGCGACGGCUGCGUUCACGUUAGGAGACCGGGUGAGUUAACUGCCUCUGUUGUUCUUCCUUGUGGGUCUUGUUCUCUGAAAGUCCGCAUGUGGAUUGAUUCAGACACGACCAUACCUCUUGGAGCAUGAUGAAUAUCGUCAUGUCAAGACACUAAGGCCGCUUCAAGAUGAUAAUUUGUUAUCAAUGUAAUCAUCUGGGUCGAUUCAGAUAUGAAGAUUCUGCUUCAAGAUCAUCAUCAUCCUUGUAACAGAUGAGCGUUUGCGGUUAUUACUGAUUAGGAUAUGAAGAUUCUGACUCUUGGGACGAUAGUUUUACCAAUGUAUGUCAUGGCCUGGGUUUGUUUCAUUGUAUGAAUAUACUUUGCCAAGAGAAUCAUCCAACAUGGGCUUCAAUUA